AUGUCUUGGGACCUGCUAAAGAGGUUCAUCGAAUCCGAUGUCUUCAACCAAGAUCCCUUCCUUUCUGUCGCAUACCUCUCGAGAUACGCCGAUCAUGUCGGAAUUCAUUAUGUCCUCUGUUCGAAGUUACGACAAUUCAGCUACGAAGAAAUUGAGUUUUUCCUCCCACAACUCUGCCAUCUUAUUAUCAGUGUCGACAACGAGUCGAUGGCGCUGGAGGAGUUCAUUCUAGAUUUAUGCGAAGAGUCGGUGAAUGCUGCACUGCUUACAUUCUGGUUAUUCCAGACCUAUCUCCACGACCUAUCUGCGAACCCGCAAUCCGAAGCCUUCAAAACUUGCCGGAGGAUAUAUAACAAGGUGCAGCAUAUUGUGUUCGGGCUUGCGGAACCUGCCAGACAUGAGAAGAUUAAGGAGAAUGUACUGCCUGUCACCGUGUUGGCCAGCUUUGUCCUUGCCAGUGUAGCAGUUCCAUUUCUCCCAAGAUGGGCGGGACCAUUAGCUAUAGCUCAGGCACGGAAACCUCAGCCUCAAGGAGAUGUUAUUUCGGAUGCAAGCCAGACGCAACAGAAGAUUGUGCGUAGCCAUACAACCACACCUGGAUCCACACGGACGAAGAGAGCAAAGGAGGCAAGCAGAGUAUCAAGUGUACCUACAAAUGGAAGCAUACCAACGGAAGCUCGACCGAAAUCUGUUCGAACAGCUUCCCUUACCAGACCACAGUCUUCUGGUACCGAUUCUGUCCGAACGCAGCCAAUACAUCCGAAGCCCCGUCCAGCACACCUUGAAUUGAGUACUUCUGAUCCUAGACUCAGUUCAUCAUCUUUACCUCUACCCGAAUCGAGAUCACCUAAAAUGACAGCUACAAGGCCAACGACUCCUGCUACAGCUAGUUUGACAAUGUCACAGCGUCCUAUCGAGAAUACACACAGGAAACAUUCACAUCAAACCCGACCACUUACACCAUCUGCAUUAUCCGACGCUCAGAAAGUCAAACUAUUAAGACAGAAUUAUUUUCGAUGCGAGACACAGUUCAUUACAGCUUUAGAGGAUAUUUCCAAUCGUCUAGUAAUGGUCCCCAAACCAGCCCGGCUCAGUGCUCUACGUGCUGAGCUUGCUCUUAUUGCCCAAGAUCUACCAGCUGAGGUUGACAUCCCCGUUAUCUGUCCAGCGACAUUAGUCGAUGGUGUUCCGAGCAAGAGCCGUCACCAUCGCAUCGUUCGACUCAAUCCCGCGGAGGCUACAGUGUUGAACAGUGCAGAGAAAGUGCCUUAUCUACUUCUGGUUGAGAUACUUCGUGAUGAUUUCUCGUUCGAUCCUGCAGCAGCUGACAAUGAGACUCUACUGGGAAAGCUUCUCUCUGAACAGGGCUCUAGCCGGAAAAGAAUUUUUGAUUUGUCAGAAUCAGCACAACUCCAACACGAGACCAAAUCGAGCGAAGCUAUCCCUGACAGCGUUUUUGAGCCUACCUCAGGAGACCUCGGAAGUUCUCCUCUGAUCAAAGCCGUUGAUGAAACUCCCAAGCCGAAGGAGAAUGUUCCACCUUCUCAUCCUCCUCGACUGUCAAGUGGCGCAACGACUCUCUCGACAGUAUCUGGACUUGCAACACCCAGGACAUCGGGAGCUUCAACUUCUAGAUCCAGUAGUCCAGGCCGGAAAAUGACUCUGCCCAGUCAUGGAAGAUCUGGCGCUGCAGAUCAACCGGAUUUUGGUGCAUUGGCGACACAUAUGAGGACCGCGUCACAGAUGUUAGCCCAAUUAGAGUCUACAGGCGGAAAGAGACCUAAGCAUGAAGUCGCAGCGAUCCGUGCGAAGAUUAUAGCUAGCAUGCAAAGCUUGGAAGAACAGAGUUUCGACUUGGACGAUACAAAUCGCGCCCCCACAUUUGACACGAUCAUGGCCAAUGCAAACUUAGCCGCUGCAAACAUUAGCGCCGAGGACAUAGAAGAAGAGGUAUCGACUGACUCACCGCUAAAUUCUGGAGCUGGAGUUGCUCGGAUGGAAAACGAUCAAAAAACCGGUGGUGUGCAAAGGAAAGGAGACAGGGAUGAUCCAAGUGCUGCAACAUUUGGAGAGGCUUGGAACAUGAAGAAGGAACGUAUUCGAAAAUCCUCACCGUAUGGAUGGAUGAAGAAUUGGGAUGUUGUAAGCGUUAUUGUGAAAACUGGCGCCGAUUUGAGACAGGAAGCAUUCGCAUGUCAACUGAUCCAGGUUUGUCACAAGAUAUGGCAGGAUGCUCAGACUCCGGUGUGGGUGAAGCGUAUGCGAAUUUUGGUUACAGGAGAGUCUUCAGGAUUGAUCGAGACGAUCACAAAUGGAGUCUCCCUACACUCGCUCAAGCGCAGUCUAACUCUCGCCACCAUCGAAUCUGGUCAGAAUCCACGGAGAAGAAUUGCAACUUUGAAGGACCAUUUUGUGAAGACAUUUGGUCCACCAGAAAGCGAUGCGUAUAAGACCGCAUGCGAUGCUUUCAAGAGAUCACUGGCAGCGUACAGCAUAAUUUCGUAUGUGCUGCAGCUCAAGGAUCGACACAAUGGUAAUGUUCUCAUCGACAACGAGGGACACAUUAUUCAUAUCGACUUUGGAUUUAUGCUUUCGAACUCACCUGGGUCUGUUGGUUUCGAAGCUGCACCUUUCAAGUUGACCCAAGACUAUGUUGAUGUAUUGGGAGGUGUUGGGUCGCCAGAUUAUGAGCACUACAAAAAGCUAUGCAAGCAGGCUUUCCAAGCCCUGCGACGAUCCGCGGAUAAUCUUAUCGAUCUGGUCAGUAUGAUGGGCCGAGAAUCAAAGAUGCCUUGCUUUUCAUACGGCGUUCAACAAGCCGUAACGAGUCUCAGGCAGAGGUUCCAAUUGCAGCUCAGUGCAGAUGAGGCUGAGCAGUUCGUGGAGACUGACCUCAUUGGAAAGUCUUUGGGGAGCUACUACACACGAUUAUACGAUACAUUCCAGUAUCGUACUCAAGGUAUAUACUAG